AUGAAGGGAUGCCUGGUCCUGCUCGGCCUACUGGCUGCAACCUCCCCCGCGACUGCGGCCCUGAUAUCCUUCAAAAACGGGGCUCUGACAAAGACAAACCGCAACUGUGACGGCUCGGUGAUUGGAUCACCACAGACACAGACCUUUGGCACCGUCGAACUGAGCCGAGUUGGGAAUCAACUGGUCGCCGUGCCGGUCCUGUUAGGAGGAACCCCGAACAAAUCCUUCAAUGUCCGCCUCAUUCAGCUGAACGCUGGAGGAGCCCUCAAUUGCGGAACCUGUGCCAGUGGCGGCGGAACCUUGAACACCAACAAUGCCGGCAUUGGAAACGGCUAUGUGCAACAAACGAUAUUGCCAGGCGCGACUUCGGCGUGGGUGGACCUGAAUCAAAAGGAUAACUGUGAUAACUUUUAUGAUAUUGCCCCGCUGCCACUGACUUGA